AUGACUGACACAAACAGAAGACGACAAUACGGACGUAAAACUGGGAGAGGGUUUGUUUUGUUUGUGGCUAGUGGCUACCAUUUUUCCUCGUGGACGAAGCCAUACCACAGGCAAAAGGGGUUAGUUAUUAGUAUAUUUGGCCAUACUAGCUUAAUACCCACCUUUCAGUCGUCUGAAAAUGUCUACAUUACAGAUGUUGCGCGUGUUCUUAAAUGAGCGUUUAACAGCGGCUGCUGUGGAGAUUUUCGGGGCAGUUGAGAAAACGGUAGCCGAGUACCAGGAGGAGAAUGAUAAUCUGCGGAGACUGCUGCGGAUAACCCCGGACAUAAACCAAUGUAGAAAAGAGUCCCUUCAGUUAUCUGUUGCUGUCACUGAAGACGAGGUUCCCCCUAAGCAGCAGCACUCUGAGCAGGAGUGGAGAACCAGUCUGCAGCAGGAGGACCGAGAACCCACACAGAUUAAAGAGGAACAGGAGGAACUCUGGACCUGUCAGGAGGAAGAUUUCAGUGUGUUCAAAUUACCUCCUUGUGUGAAAAGUAAAUGUGAUCAGGAAAACCCACAGUCCUUUUCUCUUCCCCAAACCCAGACAGUGGAGAACAGAGACAGUAACUCUAAACCAGUGGACCUCCCACAUUUUGUCACCGUUACCCAUCUAGAGGGUCUCGACAUUCCCUGUGACCCUCCAGAUAAUCAAAACUAUAGCCACAGCUCAUCUGUAAGCGGUGACCUAGUAGGACUUAGGCUGCUGUCACCAUUCCAUCACAGCCCACCACUGGAUCCCAACCCAUCAAUGGGGGAACACUGUCCCAAACCCAGCACCACGUCUAGAAAAACUCACCGCUGCUGUGACUGUGGUGAAACGUUUGCUCUGACAGCUGACCUGCAGGAGCAUGUGACUCUCACCAAGAGACCCAGCGAAUGCCACCUCUGCAAAAAACGCUACAACUCCACCUGUAAAUUGAAGGCCCAUGUCAGAUUCUGUCAUGUGGAGAGACCCUGCACCUGCCCCUUUUGUGGAAAGACCUUCAAACUCAAAGGACAUCUUUCCAGGCAUAUGAGGAUUCACACAGGAGAGAAACCAUUUGGCUGUGGUGACUGUGGGAAGAGCUUCAUUCAGAAGGGGGACUUAAUGAGACACAUACUUACUCACACAGGAGAGAAACCAUUUAGCUGUAAAGACUGUGGGAAAAGCUUCAAUCGGAAGGGGAACCUAACUGAACACAUACGGACUUGCACAUACUGAGUUACACAGGAAAGAAAGUUCCCAAUGAAACAAAGUAAUUAGGACAAAGACAUCUUGUCAGAUGGAUAACACUCUUUGGAAAAGCAAAGCAACUCUGGCUCAUUCAUCCUGUGGGUUUCAGAUAAAUCAAUGUCAUGAAUUUACUUUUGCAAAACAUAUGUAAAGGUUUGAUUUGAUCCAACAGUAGAGAGUAAUUAAAUUCAUGGUCUGCUGUUCAAAGUCUCUUGAUGUAUUCACGUCAUUAUAGACAGGAAUUCCUUGUAGUUUGUUUUGGAAUGUCUCGAAUAGUCCAAGAAAUCGUCCUUGCAUUCAUUUUUCAAAUCUAUAAAACUGAUCUAUGGUCAAAUGUGGUUCCCCUCAUGGUUAUGAGUAGGAUUUGUGGAGCCAGUGGAGGGUAAACCGAUCCUGAAACUGAUCCUGGGAGGGCAGCACUUACCAUGGGAGGGCAGCAGGCAAUGAGUUGGAAGUUGGAAUAAUAAAAAACGAUUUAUUGCUU